CGUCCAAUGGGAGAGGGAGUACCGUCCCGUGGGCGGGACUUCCGGACCGGGGUUGUUAUGGCGCUGCUGUGAAUGGCUUCUUCUCGUCAGGCGGGUGGAUGCAUGAACGCAUGGUGGGCCAGCCAUGCUCCCCAGGUUAAUGAUUCUCCAGGAGGAAGGAGAGUGCCAGCAAAGGUCCCACUCAGCAGAAACCUUGGCAAGGAGCGGCUGCCACUCACCCCCCGCCGGACAGCUGCAGCCACCGCUGGGCCCCUCGUGCUAGAGCCCCAAGUGCCAGCCCUCCGCUUGCAUUCACUCCUGGGAUCGGUGUCUCUCCCGAGGCAGAAGCAGCGUCCCCUUCCUGACAGAGAGCCCCAGCUCUGCAGCCACGAUGGCGGGCAAGGGCUACGGCUAUUACCGGCUGGUGAUCUUCACCGCCAUGUACGUCGGGUACACCUUGUACUACUUCAACCGGAAAACCUUCUCCUUCGUCAUGCCUUCGGUCAUGGAAGAGAUCGAGCUCGACAAGGACGACUUGGGUCUCAUCACCAGCAGCCAGUCAGCGGCCUACGCCAUCAGCAAGUUCAUCAGCGGGGUCCUCUCCGACCAGAUGAGCGCCCGCUGGCUCUUCUCCUCCGGCCUGCUCUUGGUCGGCCUGGUCAACGUGGUCUUCUCCUGGAGCUCGACCGUGGCGCUCUUUGCGGGGCUGUGGUUCCUCAACGGCCUGGCCCAGGGCCUGGGGUGGCCCCCCUGCGGAAAGGUCCUGCGCAAGUGGUUUGAGCCCUCCCAGUUUGGGACCUGGUGGGCCGUCCUCUCCACCAGCAUGAACCUGGCCGGGGGGCUGGGACCCCUCGUGGCGGCCCUGAUGGCGCUGCGCUACGACUGGCGCACCACCCUGGCCCUCUCUGGCUCGCUCUGCGUGGCCGCCUCCGUGGUCUGCCUGCUCCUCAUCAAGAACGAGCCCUCGGACGUCGGCCUGCCCAACAUCGAGCCGGGCCCCAAGAAGGGGAAGAAGGGUGCCUCCGCGGGCGACAGCACCCUGGCCGAGCUGCUGCUCUCCCCGUACCUCUGGGUCCUCUCGACUGGCUACCUGGUGGUCUUUGGCGUCAAGACCUGCUGCACGGACUGGGGACAGCUCUUCCUCAUCCAGGAGAGAGGGCAGUCGGCCCUUGUGGGAAGUUCCUACAUGAGUGCCUUGGAAGUCGGGGGCCUGGUUGGAAGCAUUGCAGCUGGCUACCUCUCAGACCGGGCCGUGGCUCGGGUGGGCCUGUCCGUCUACGGAAACCCUCGGCACGCCCUUCUGCUCUGCAUGAUGGCGGGCAUGUCGGCCUCGAUGUACCUCUUCCGGGUCACGGUCACAGGCAGCUCUCCCAAGGACAGCAGCGACCCUUGGAUUGUAGCCCUCCACCCUCUUGCUAACCUUGUGGGCUUAACAGAACACGAGGUCUGGAUCCUGCUCUUAGGAGCCGUCUUUGGGUUUUGCUCUUACGGACCAAUCGCGCUGUUCGGAGUCAUCGCCAACGAAAGCGCGCCGUCAAACCUGUGCGGGACCUCUCACGCCAUCGUCGCCUUGAUGGCAAACGUCGGGGGCUUCCUGGCCGGGCUGCCUUUCAGCACCAUUGCCAAGCACUACAGCUGGGGCACGGCCUUCUGGGUGGCGGAGGUGACCUGCAUGGCCAGCACCCUGGCCUUCUUCCUCCUGAGGAACAUCCGCACCAAGAUGGGGCGCCUGCCAAAGAAGGCUGACUGAAGUGCAACCGCGGUGGCCGUCACUUGGCUGCGGAGGAGCCUCCUGCUGCAAUCAUGGGAUUUUACAAACAUCCUGACGUCAGAGGCAGGGCUAGCCACUCAUACUGCGACACCGCUUUCAUCCUCUGGCCAGACGUCCAUUUCCUGCUUCUAAUACAACAUACCGAGCCCAUCAUGUUUUGGACCUAACGGGUGGGCUACAAAGUGCUUUCCUCCCUUGUCCUGAGCUGCCACUUCCGGAGAGAAGCCACACAAACUGCUGCCUUUGUCUGGAACGCAGCACCAGACCCUCCUCACCAGCAAAGUGUCAAGAUGUGUGUCUGCAGGACGCUUCCCUCCUUGUGUUCCAAGGCUUGAGCCGUAUUUGAAUUCACGUCAAAUCACAGAAGAGGGAAAUGUGGUGUUCUGUGACCUUCCAGUUGUAGCUAUGAGAAUGUGGGACAUGGCUUAUAUAGUUCUGGAGCUGGAACUGAAGUCACAUGGAUGAUUUCACCAGAAGUAUCACUGCCUCCCCUUAAUCACCUCCUUUAAUAAUGAGGACAUAGGAGAAGUUCUAGACCAGGCCUCCAAAACAUGUGGCCUUCCAUGUGUUUUGGACUUCAGCUCCCAGAAUUCCUGACCGCUGAACAAGCUGGAAGGAGGGGCUUUUGGGAGUUGGAGGCCCAAACACUUGGAGGGCCAAACCACGAAGACAAUCAUGCAGCUAUGAACACCCAGACUGCCAAAAUCCUUGGCUCAGGUUGCAAACUGUGACGAGUGUUCACUGACUGAAAUAAAGGACAAUAAUGUAAA